CGCCAUUGUGUUCGCUCCGGAGCGGGCUUGACAGCUCAAUUGUCCGCUGCGUCGCGCGCAACGCAAAUCCCAAAGAUCCCCCAGCGCAGUCUCAAUUCAGAUGUUCGCAGUACUUACUAGGACCGGAAAGCCGAUUUUGACAGUUGCCGGCGGAAGGUCGUCUCUCGGAGGCUACACCGCUACCGUUUUUGGCGCCACUGGUUUCCUGGGACGAUACAUUGUGAACAGGCUCGCGCGUGCGGGAUGCACAGUCGUUGUACCUUACCGCGAGGAGAUGGCGAAGCGUCAUCUGAAGCUCACUGGAGAUUUGGGACGUGUUGUUUUCUUGGAAAUGGACCUGCGCAACACCGCUUCCAUUGAGGAGAGUGUUCGCCAUUCUGACAUUGUCUACAAUCUGAUUGGUCGAGACUACCCCACCAAAAACUUCACACUUGAUGAUGUACAUGUGGAGGGAACUGAGCGUAUCGCGGAGGCUGUCGCCAAAUAUGACAUCGACCGAUUUGUCCACGUUUCUUCUCACAGCGCCAAUCUAAACUCGACCUCGGAAUUCUACCGCACCAAGGCACAGGGAGAGCAAGUGGCUCGAAGCAUCUACCCGGAAACCACGAUUGUCAGGCCCGCACCAUUGUUCGGACAUGAGGAUCGUCUUUUGAACAGACUGGCUGGAGUUACCAACUUCAUUACCUCGAAUUGGAUGCAAGAGCGCUUUUACCCGGUCCAUGCCAUUGAUGUGGGCAUGGCAUUGGAGAAGAUGGUCUAUGACGAUACCACUGCUGCCGAAACAUACGAGCUGUACGGUCCCACGGAGUACAGCAUGCAGGAGUUGGCCGAACUGGUCGACAAGGAAAUCAUCAAGCACAGGAGACACAUCAACAUUCCACCUCGUUUGUUGAAGCCAGUCGCACAUUACUUGAACCGACUCCUUUGGUGGCCUGUCACUUCCGAGGCUGAAGUUGAGCGGGAAUUCGUUGAUCAGGAGAUUGAUCCUACCGCGAAGACCUUUGCCGAUCUAGGAAUCGAGCCCGUGGAGCUGAAGAGUCUCACUUAUGAGUAUCUGAAAGGAUACCGUAGCGCACAAUACUAUGAUCUGCCCCCUAUGACAGAGCGUGAGAAGAGGGAGGAGAAGAAGUACUUGCACGUCAUUGACGACCAGUAGUUUUUCAUUCGCAUUCCCCGUAUUCCAAAUAUAUCAUGUGUAAAUAGCCGCUCGACUUUGGGGAGCGUACCCAAAAGGGUUUGUAGUAGAUUAAACAUUUCAUUUGUCAGUUCAAGACAAUCCGAGUCAUAUCCAGUAAAGCUGUGUCCUGAGUAGUAGGCGUACGAUGCUAAAAGAUCACCAAUUGGUGG